AUGUGGGCGUGCCUGAUGAUUUGCGCAGCGUGGAUUUGGAUGUCUGCAGGUUUCAUCUUGGACGAGGGAGGCUUCUUUGUCGUUCUGGCUAUCACAGUGGUUCUUACGCCCGUGUGCGUGGCGAUACACCUUCUACGCCACACCCUCAACAGCAAGCAUGUGCUCCUGGAAGGCCUCUCCACUUUCGACCUGCAGCAUGCUCAUUGUCGAUUAGAGCACGACCGUCUCUUCGUGCACAGGGCGAUCAACGACUGGUAUGGUAGUGCUGAUGCAUUCACCGAGCACGUGCGAGGGCCCCUGAAGGAGGAGUUGCUAAAGUCUUCUUCAAACUUUAUGGUUCCAAUCUACUACUAUGCUCUUAUCAUGAUGCCGUUUGUGGGCGAGAGUUUGGAUGAGGUGCUAGCGUUGUACAUGGGAGGUGCUCCUUGGAGGAACAUCCUUGCCCAUCUACUGGCUCACACCGUCGGACUCUGCGUGUGGUACACCAUGGCGCUGGAGCUGUGCAUUUUCAUGAGCUACCGCUGGGCCGCACCUUGCAAGCAAGUUGCCUGGAACAUUGGGCGAACCGUCGCCAUCUUCUUCCUGCCAGCUCUUGUGAUUGGCUUUGGUUUUAUUGCUGGCCGUGGAGUUCUCCGCAGAGGCUUCGCUCAAGGCGUAGUCUUUUCCCUGUUUGCGGUGCUUGUAUCUACCUUCGUUGUGCGUCAUCUUCGCCGUCAGUUGCAGCUGUGCAAUUGCUGUUAA